AUGCCUCAUCGCUCGCGGGUUCCGGAUUCCGCGGCGGGAGCAGCCGUUUCUCUUGCACAUGGAGACGCGCUGACGUCGCUUCUCGAUCUGACGGCUGCCGUCGUCAUUGCCGCCAGAGGCGCUAAGAUUCUCUCUGCUAGCAUGGGAGCGUGCGAGCUGCUGCAGCAGGCGCCGGGGUCCCUGGAAAACCGAUCCAUGCUGGAGCUACUCCAUUUGAAUGACCAACCGCUCUUCAUGGACACGCUGGUUAAGUGCGCACGCUUAGCUUCCCCCAGCAACACGACGCCGUCCUUCCGCCCGUGCACUGCACAGGCAGCCACAGGAACCAGCCAUCCCACCUAUAGGGGCACGUUUCCUGACGCGCCUCAGUACUCGCAGCAGCAGCAGGCUUAUGCGGGACAGCAAGCUAUUGGUAAUACACCACCCUGGGCUACAAUACCCGCUACAACCCCCGCUACCACACCUGCCACAACCCCUGCGACAGGCCCCGCCUUAACCCCGUUCAACCCGCUGCACCAGGAACCUCACGGCUGUUUCUCAGGCGCUUCUACUGCUGGGGCGGCUGUUUCGGGCAGCGGCGGGAGAUUUUUACGCGGGCAGCAGCAGGCGCAGCAGCACCAGCUGCACGUGCGACUGAGGGUGGAUGAGGAAGCGGAGGGGGAGGAUCCGCACACAGAGCAGCAGUUCGUGUGGGUGCGCGCGCGGAUGUUGCCUGUGGUGGCCAGGAGACAAGUUGUGGGAGAAGCAAGGAGGGAUGCAAGGGGAAGGGAGUCAGAAGGAAGUGAUGCGGCCGAGGAUCUUAUAGAGGAAGGUGAUCCGUUAGAAGACAGACAGUUAUUGGAUCAGCUUCCAACGAGGAUAGAGGAGAUUAAAGCGCGUUUGGAGAGUGGGGAGGGUCUUGAAGAAGAGGGUAGGGUCGCAACGGGGGAGAGGAGGCGGCAAGGGGAUUUGCGGAGGUGGCAGGGAGGGAAGGGUGGUCGAGGGAACCGGGGGCAAAGGUGGGGUGAAGGGGCGAGUGCUGAGCCGAAGAGUGGGCAACUGUUGGGGCAGGAGAAGGGGGGAGGCGGAGAGAUGGAGGAGAAGAGGAGCGAGGAGGAGCAGGAGAGGAGAGAGGGGAGCAAAGGGAGCAAGGGAGACGGGGAGAAGGGAGAGGAAGAGCCGGGGCAGCAGCGAAGCACGAGUGGCGGGUGUAACAGCGCUGCUGCUGCGGGAGUGGGUGGUGGGGAGGUCGCAACUGACAGUGGGGCAGCUGAGAUUCGCUGUGCGAAUGAUGGGAGCAGUGAGAGGGAGGUGUUAUCUGGGGAAGUGGACAAGGGGGGUGUAAGGGAGGAGAUUUGGGCGGACUUUCUCAAAAAAGGGCUGACUCGGCUGCUGGAAGCUCAGAACGCUCCCAGUGAUGAUGACGACGAUGAUGAUGAUUAUGAUGUGGAGGAGAAAGAGGAGGGGAGGGGAGGGGAGGGUGGGAAGGAGGAGGAGAUAGGGGAGGUAGAAGGGAUUGGGGCGAGGAAGGGAGGUGCGGUGGAGAGAGCAGGGGGCGUGGAGGAGGGGACAAGUGCAGGCAAGGGGCGGGAAGGUGAUGUGGGAGGAGAGGGGGAGAGGGAAGCUGCUGGAAAGGCGUGUGAGGAGGAGGAGGUGGAGGAGAUUGUGAGGGUCAAACCGGGUAGGAUGGGGAUGGGCACGGGUAUGGGAAUGGGGAUGGGGAUGGGGGUGGAUGCAGCAGCGGCAGCAGGGAGAGGGGCAGAUGGAGCACGAGCGAGUUUUCACCCACCAGGAGUCCAGGCUGCUGCUGCUGCAGCAGCAGCAGCAGGGAUGGGGGUGUCAGAUUCGGAUAGCCUAAGCAAGUACCUUUCUGCGUCGGACCCCAUAUUCGUUUGUAAGAACCUCACUAUAGUCGACUGCAACGACAGCGCCGCCCGCAUCCUCCGUGUCGCCAACAACGAGCGCAGCACGCGAAUCUUCGGCCAAUCACCAGUCGUCUUCUCCCCCCCGGUGCAACCCGAGGGAAUUCUCUCAGCAGUGGCAAGCGAGCAGCGCUGGCUAGAUAUAGCUACUAGCAACGGCCGCCCAUGUAGAUUCCCCUGGGUGCACAUGUCGAUCGACGGUCAGAUGUUUCUCGUGGAAGUGAUGGCGAUGGUGCUCGUGAACGGUCCAGAUACGUUUCAUAUUACCAUGUGGAAGCAGUACCUCAACUCCUCGUCUCUUUCCCGGGAGUUAAGGCUUGCUGCCCGCGCGAAGCGGGCGGCCGAGAGGUCGCGGGUUCAAUUCCUGGCGAACAUGAGUCAUGAGCUGAGGACGCCGAUUAACGGCGUGCUGGGGUAUGCACAGCUGAUGAUGCAGACCCAGCUGGAUCCCGAGCAGCAGUCGUACCUGCAGAGUAUAUACGAGUCGGGGGAGGUGCUCCUGGGAACUGUGUCUCAGGUGUUGGAGAUGAGUCAGCUGCAGAAGCGAGAGGUGGUGCCAAGGCGCGUGCGGUUUGAUCUGCACAGGGCCAUUGGGGAGGCUGCAGGCAGCAUGCGGCCUCUGGCACACAGGAAGGGACUGCAGUUUGGGAUAAGCAUGGACAGGGCAGUGCCGCACACAGUCCUGGGCGACCCAAGCAUGCUGCGGCAGCUGCUGCUGCACCUGCUCUCCAACGCCCUCAAGUUCACCCACCAAGGCACCGUGCAGCUCACCGUGCGCGUCCUGCCCUCUCCUGAAGUCGAGUUGCUGCCGCUUGUUGCAGAGAGGAAGAGGAGGGAGAGGGAGAGGGAAGUGAGGGAGAGGGAGGAGCGGGAGGAGAGGGAGAAGAGGGAGAGGGAAGAGAGGGAAGAGAGGGAGAGGGCGGAAAGGGAGGCGAAAGAGAGGGAUGAGGAAGAAAACGAGGGUGAAGAGAGAGAGAAGGACGGAUCAGGAGCAGAGCAAAAGGGAUUGAAGCAGAUCACCAGGCUUUCUUUCGAGGUGGUGGAUACAGGCGUGGGAGUGCCGCCCAACAUGCUGCAUCAAAUCUUCAAGCCCUUCGUGCAAGUGGACGACUCUGCCGCACGGGAGUACCAGGGCCUUGGGCUCGGAUUGGCUAUUGCGCAAUCGCUUGUAAGGCUUCUGGGCGGCGAGGGGAUUCAUAUUGAGAGCGAGCCGGAUAAGGGGUCUUGUUUCGCGUUUACCCUUCCUUUUGAGGUUUUGGAGCGUGGUAGGGGAUUUCUUGCUGAAGGGAGCGAGCGAGUGGAGAGCAGUAGGGCAGGAGGAGAAGGAGAGGAGGCAGGGAAGGGAGUUGCAGGGAGUGUGAAGCGAAAGCGAGCAGAGGAGGGCGGUGGUGAUGUGAUGGGGAUGAGGCAGGAGCGAGGAGGGGUGGGUGGGGGGGUGUGGGGCGAGGUGCACGGAGGACGGUGGGGGGAGGAGCAAGGGGGGGAGUGGGGAGACGAGGGAAGUGACGAGAUGGAGGAGGAGAGAGAGGAGAGAGGAAAGGGGAGGGGAGAGGGGAGUGGGGAGAGUAGGGGCGUGGAGGCUCGGAGAGAAGAGGCCAGGAGAAGGAAAUGGAGGGUGCAGCACGACAGGGGAUUCUUCAGUGGGGCUAGGCAUGGCAGGCGUGGCUCUAAGGACCGGUUUGCUGCCUCAAGUCCACUGGGCCUGCCUGUUUUUGAAGCACCUCAGAUGCUUGGGGAACACUCUGACAGGGGCCUCACCAGUGGGGCUCUGCUUUCCAGUGCGCCGAGAGGGGACGGCCACUUUCCCUUGGGUGCUGACUCAAGUGCCUUGGGUGCCGCACUGAUCUGCUCCUCUAGCCCUAUCAGUGCUGCUCUGCUCCGGUCCGAUCUUCCUAAAGGCGCUACUCUAGGUGCUUCUAUCGGUGCUCCUAGGGAUGCCUCUGAGGGUGCUUCGCUGGGUCCUUCCCUGGGCGGUUCUCUGCGCGAUUUCGCCAGCGAGCCUCUCUCACGCACCCCUGAACUGCAAGCCCAGGGGGAUGGGCCUGCACCUGUGCGUUCUCCUCAUCUCCAUGCUGGUGACCCUGAGGGGGACCGUGCACCAGAGGGGUGUGAGGCUGCUGUUGACGGGCUGCCCAUGUGUCGGCCAGGCUCGGGUUUAAGCUCGGGCUUAGGUUUGGGUUUGGGCGAGGGAAGCUUGGGGUUGGGGUCGGGGUUGGGGUCGGGUUCAGGCUCGAGUUUAGGCCGGUCAGGAUUAGGCCCAGGGUUGGCAUCAGGCUGGGGGUCAGGCCUGGGGUCUGGCUUGGGUUCAGGGUCAGGGUCAGGCUUGGGAUCAGGCUUGGGGUCAGGCUUGGGAUCAGGCUUGGGGUCAGGCUUGGAGUCAGGCACGCUUGUGGAGCCUUCACAGCCUGCCACUGUGGCUGUAGCAGCAGGAGCAACAGCUGUAGCAAUACCCACAAUGAACCGCAGCGUGCUGCAGCGGCUGCUGCGGUCGCUGGGAGCAGAGCAGCUCGUGCUGGCCCGGAAUGGUGCAGAGGCUGUCGCGGUGUGCGAGAAGGAUGGAGAGGGGUUGGAUGUGGUGUUUAUGGACCUUCAUAUGCCGGUGAUGGAUGGGUUUGAGGCGUCGGCGCGGAUUCUCGGGCUUUGGAGGAGUCGCUUGUUCUGUGAAAUUGCUAUUGCUGGAUUCUUCCUUCAACACAGGUCCUCAGAAGCCCUAACUUGUUACCAUGGAGGCCUUCGCCACGCCAUACCCCAUUUUCUUUCACGAUGGAGAGAAGGAUCUUCUAGCACGCCAUCUUCACCCAAGAGCGUGGAUGAUGUCUCUCUGUUCAAGGAUAAGCCGGACUCUAGCUCGUCUGACGACGAGGCAAGUGACUCUCAUUCUGGGGAGCAUCAGAAGCAGAUACCUUCUUUUGACAAGAGUUCCUCAAAGAAUGAGACGAAACACGCAGCUGUGGAACCAUCUCAACCUCCAGUUUCGGUGUGGAAGACUGGAUCUGCGUUGAAGAUUUUGAAGGGUCAAGAGGCAUCUAAGCCUGCAGCAGUGCAAGAAGAAGCCGUUAAUAGUGGAGGCGUUGCUGCUGGCGACAUGGGUGCGAGAGGUGUUUCUGUUCAAGGGAAACCGCAUCCAUAUGUUACAGCACCCAAUUCUCAUGCAGGUUCUCCAGGCUUACCUGUUACGAUUCUCAACAACCCACUUGACAGCAACGUGCGGUCUUCUUCAGAUGGUCAACGAGCGAUGGCUGGUCUAGCGGAUUCAAGGGCUGGACAUUCUGUUUCUAGAGUGGUCCCAACAGCUGACAAGUUCACAGAAAGUAUUUUGGCCUCUGCAGCAGCUGCAGCCUCUGCUGUGGUCCAAGCACACUCAUUUCAGCCGCCACAUGCGAUUCCUGCUGGUGGCUUUUCACUGUUUGGACCUGAUUUAAGCAGCGUUGCCUUGGGCAACAUGUUCCACAACACCAUGACAAUGGACUUGAGAUUCGGGAUGCGAAAGCUGUGCCACUUCUGUUCGUUCUGCCAGGAGAGGCGCAUUGUGUCGGUGCCUUUUCACUGGUGCGUGGAUGACCAAGUGGUGACUGGGUUCAAAGGCCCUUCACCAGCAGGGCCUAUUGGGAGACGGCACAAGCACAGGGCCACUCAUUCCCUCUCCAUCCCUCUCGCACACCCCCUCUCAUACACACUCAUCCCCUCUCCAUCCCUCUCGCACACCCCCUCUCAUACACACUCAUCCCCUCUCCAUCCCUCUCGCACACCCCCUCUCAUACACACUCAUCCCCUCUCCAUCCCUCUCGCACACCCCCUCUCAUACACACUCAUCCCCUCUCCAUCCCUCUCGCACACCCCCUCUCAUACACACUCAUCCCCUCUCCAUCCCUCUCGCACACCCCCUCUCAUACACACUCAUCCCCUCUCCAUCCCUCUCGCACACCCCCUCUCAUACACACUCAUCCCCUCUCCAUCCCUCUCGCACACCCCCUCUCAUACACACUCAUCCCCUCUCCAUCCCUCUCGCACACCCCCUCUCAUACACACUCAUCCCCUCUCCAUCCCUCUCGCACACCCCCUCUCAUACACACUCAUCCCCUCUCCAUCCCUCUCGCACACCCCCUCUCAUACACACUCAUCCCCUCUCCAUCCCUCUCGCACACCCCCUCUCAUACACACUCAUCCCCUCUCCAUCCCUCUCGCACACCCCCUCUCAUACACACUCAUCCCCUCUCCAUCCCUCUCGCACACCCCCUCUCAUACACACUCAUCCCCUCUCCAUCCCUCUCGCACACCCCCUCUCAUACACACUCAUCCCCUCUCCAUCCCUCUCGCACACCCCCUCUCAUACACACUCAUCCCCUCUCCAUCCCUCUCGCACACCCCCUCUCAUACACACUCAUCCCCUCUCCAUCCCUCUCGCACACCCCCUCUCAUACACACUCAUCCCCUCUCCAUCCCUCUCGCACACCCCCUCUCAUACACACUCAUCCCCUCUCCAUCCCUCUCGCACACCCCCUCUCAUACACACUCAUCCCCUUCCAUCCCUCUCGCACACCCCCUCUCAUACACACUCAUCCCCUCUCCAUCCCUCUCGCACACCCCCUCUCAUACACACUCAUCCCCUCUCCAUCCCUCUCGCACACCCCCUCUCAUACACACUCAUCCCCUCUCCAUCCCUCUCGCACACCCCCUCUCAUACACUCUCAUCCCCUCUCCAUCCCUCUCGCACACCCCCUCUCAUACACACUCAUCCCCUCUCCAUCCCUCUCGCACACCCCCUCUCAUACACACUCAUCCCCUCUCCAUCCCUCUCGCACACCCCCUCUCAUACACACUCAUCCCCUCUCCAUCCCUCUCGCACACCCCCUCUCAUACACACUCAUCCCCUCUCCAUCCCUCUCGCACACCCCCUCUCAUACACUCUCAUCCCCUCUCCAUCCCUCUCGCACACCCCCUCUCAUACACACUCAUCCCCUCUCCAUCCCUCUCGCACACCCCCUCUCAUACACACUCAUCCCCUUUCCAUCCCUCUCGCACAUCCCCUCUCAUACACACUCAUCCCCUCUCCAUCCCUCUCGCACACCCCCUCUCAUACACUCUCAUCCCCUCUCCAUCCCUCUCGCACACCCCCUCUCAUACACACUCAUCCCCUCUCCAUCCCUCUCGCACACCCCCUCUCAUACACACUCAUCCCCUCUCCAUCCCUCUCGCACACCCCCUCUCAUACACACUCAUUCCCUCUCUUUCAUCCCCUCUCAUCCCCUCUCAUCCCCUCUCAUCCCCUCUCAUCCCCUCACAUACACUCUUAUACACUCUCAUACACUCGCAUUCACUCUCAUACGCUCUCAUCCCCUCUCAUCCCCUCUCAUCCCAUGUCACUCCCUCUAAUCCACUCUCAUACCCUCUCGUACCCACUCAUAUACACUCAUAUACACUCUCACCCCCUCUUAUAGACUCCCAUACACACUCAUACACUCUCAUGCACUCUCAUUCACACUCAUCCCCUCGAAUCCCCUCUCAUCCCCUCUCAUCCCCUCUCAUCCCCUCUCAUCCCCUCUCAUCCCCUCUCAUAUACUCUCACACACUCUCAUACACUCUCUUACACACUCUCAUCCCUCUUCAUCCACUCUCAUACACUCUCAUCUCCUCUCAUACACACUCAUACCUCCUAAUCCGCUCUCAUCCACUCUCAUACACUUCCAUACACUCUCAUUCACACUUAUCCCCUCUUAUCCCCUCACAUCCCCUCUUAUGUCCUCUCAUCACUCUCAUUCCUUCUCAAUCCCUCUCAUUCCUAUUCAUUCCCUCUCAUUCCUUUUCAUUCUCUCUCAUUCCCUCACAUCCGCUCUCAUUCCCUCUCAUCAUCUCUCAUUCCCUCUCAUUCCCUCUCAUUCACUUUCAUCCUCUUUCAGCCCCACUCUUUCCCUCUCAUCCACUCUCAUACACUCUCAACGCCUCUCAUCCAAUCUCACACACUAUUAUUCCCUCUCAUCCCCUCUCAUCCCCUCUCAUACCCUCUUAUCCACUCUCAUUCACUCUCAUUCACUCUCAUACCCUCCCAUCCACUAUCAUAUACACUCUCGUCCACUCUCAUCCCCUCUCAUUCACUUUGAUCGCCUUUCAUCCCCUCUCAUUCCCCCUCAUAACCUAUCAUAUACACUCUCAUCCCUCCACAUACUCUCUUACUCAUUCCGUCUCAUCCCCUCUCAUCCCCUCUUAUACACUAUCAUACACUCUCAUACCCUUCCAUCCACUAUCAUAUACACUCUCAUCCCCUCUCAUACUCUCCCAUACCCACUCAUCCAGUCUCAUCCCUCCUCAUACACUCUCAUACACUCUCAUCCCCUCUCAUCCCCUCUCAUCCCCUCUCUCAUCCCUCCUCAUAAACUCUCAAACACUCUCAUCCCCUCUCUUACACUCACACCCUAUCAUCCCCUCUCAUCCCCUCUUAUACACUCUCAUUCACUCUCAUACCCUCCCAUCCACUAUCAUGCACACUCUCAUUCACUCUCGUUCCCUUUCAUCCCCUCUCAUCCCCUCUCAUCCCCUCUCAUCCCCUCUCAUCCCCUCUCAUCCCCUCUCAACCCCUCUCAUUCACUCUCAUACACUCUCUUACACACUCCCAUCCCUCCUCAGCCACUCUCAUACACUCUUAUACACUUUUAUUCACUCUCAUCCCCACUCAUCCACUAUCGUAUACCCUCUCAUCCCCUCAUCCCCUUUCAUCCCCUCUCAUACACUCUGA